AUGUCUGAAGCUGCCUUCUCGCGUGACGGGCAAACGGUCGGACCAAGUACUGUGCAUGCUUGCCACCGACUCGACGGGCACUCCGUGCCUCCCAUCGGGACGUCGGAGGGAGAAGAGACGCAGACCGCCAAUCUGGUCACGAUCCCGUGGCUACGCGAGGUCUGUUCCGGCGCGGACGAAGCUGUUGGUAAGCGCUCGAUCGACACAAACCAGUCGGUGACGGCGUCGUCGAGGCAGAGGGUCGAAGACGAGCCGACACAUAUCAUCGACGCCGCGUUCCCAAGACACACCCUCGGCAGCGACAUGUACGUGCCGAACGAGCCAGCUGCAACGGACGACGUCUCGCACGGAGAAGAGAGCUCGGCCUCUUCCCACCUAUCAUCUCAAUCUCGUGCAUCCGAGCCGUACCUCGAGCCCAUGUCCAAUGCUUUCACCACCAUCCUUGACCUUCCCUACGACAUAAUACAUGAAAUCUGCUGCCAGCUCACCUAUCUGCACCCGCUCGUACCACCGGACUGCACAAACGGUACGGUGCUCAGCCCAGUCACGGGCGAAGAACAGGCCCGUCUAGAGCUGAACUCGUCAGCCUUCCACCAGAUUGUCUACUUCCUGAACGGCGGCCCUGCGCGAAGAGACCUAAAGGCCAUCUCGCAGACAUGCACGCAUUUGCGAACCUUGAUGAAGAGCUGCAUGCAGACGAUACACCAGGCUUUGCUUCGCACGCGGCCGGUCUGCGUCGACCAGCUGUGGUUCGAGGAUCUCAGCUGGAUGCUGUCGGAACUGGACGACUACGGCCUCGCCAGCAUCUCGGGCACGAACCUGUACUGGGACAACAGGGAGCGCAUCGCCGGCAGCUUCCGGGCCGACCCAAAGCACCGCACCGAGGAGGCCGCUCCGCGCACGUUCAACAUCCUGGCGGACAAGUGCGUCAACCUUCGCUCUCUGAACAUCAGAAUUUCCCCAGAGAUGCUGAGGACCCGCCGGCCGUCCGGCGAGAUGCGGGACGCUCCGCUCAAGUCGUAUUUCGACAUUGUGGGAAUCGACGAGCUCAAGAGGCUGAUCAAGUGCGUUCUGGACCGACGGGGACACGUGAAAGUUGAGCUGGCCUUUGACGAUCUCGGCUACUUCAAAGAUCGCAAGAAGAUAGAGCUGAUACAGUGGUUCCAAAAGCCGUAA